ACAGAGGUUGUACUCUCCUUUUCACACCGAAACCAGUCGGGGAUAGCAAAGCAAGAGGACAAGAGCAACGAAUGUGCACCCAUCAUCUUUGUGCACAGGCAAGACAAGCAAACACAAGCCAAUUCUUGUUGUUCAAUGCUUCUCCAUGUGACUUUUUUCUGUCAUUAGCGUCUCGCUCUACUGCUUUGCUGUGCAGAGAUCGCCACGGGAUUGGACUUUUCUUUGACCUGAUCCUGGGCCAGGUUCCUUGACCUCGUCAGGUAGUAGUACUGUACUGUACCACUGUACCGUGUACCAGCACGGUGCCAAUACCAGGGCCAGCAUGAUGUGACCGCAACGUUGUGCCCUCGACCUGCCCCUUGGCUGUGUCACGAGUAGAACAAUAAUGAGGGUGUGGGAUUGAGAUGCCCAAUCUCUCAAGACGAUACUGCCGUGCGUGCCAAUAUGGCACUUGCCGAAAGCCAGUAGCUUCUACUGCGGGCCCGGGGCUUGCCUUGCUGCCAAUCACCUUUGCUCUGUUGAAGAAGGGCGUCAUUGCGCUUCGAUUUGAUCGUGUCGCUACUCAGCGAACACAGUUCGGUGUUGCCAGUGCGGAUCUCUGCUUGGCGUUCAGAAAACACCAGAAAGCCUCCACACACUCCUCUCAACAGAGGUUCGCACAAUUCCAGAAACAAAAGCUUCAGAAGCGAAACCUCUCAAGAGAUUUCCUCUUGAACUCGAAAACAAAAAUGAAACUCUCCAGCAAUGCCAUCGACGCCGUCAAGGCCAACGAAUUCAAUAUUCUUCGAACACCCAUCGGAGGAUUGCGUGAAACCCAUGCCAUCAUGGGACGCGGAGGCCGCGGAAACAAUCGUUAUGCCAACAAAAAGUACCGCAAGAUUGUCGAAAGCUUUCGACCCCGGUACUUGGAUGCCACCUCCCUGAAAGAAAAGGAAGCCAUCACGAAAGAAACAUUGGAGGCGAUCAAGCCUAUCCAAUUCGUUAAGGAGGUUGAAGGUGACUUUUUCUUGGUUACCCCAAAGGAGGCGUACCGCAAGACUGGCCAAUACUUGCGAGACGGACGUCCCAAGGAUCAACGCAAGAAACUUCCCAAGAAGACGAAGAAGACGACCGCCAAGCGUCAGCCUCAGAUCAAAGAGACCUUUGCACCCAUGACGGCGAGGACUAAAACCUCAGCGGGUCCCAGUGCGCCUCUGACGAAGGACGAUUUGGCCUUCUUUGAGCCCAUCAACGUCAACAUGACUGAGCCUGAACGUGAAAUUGAUGUGGAUCUUCUCAACUACUUCUUCGAUAUCGAUCCGUGUGACACUCUUCUCGUGGAGCUCACCCAGGAACUUGAGACUUUGGAACUCACUGCUGAGGAAAGCGAGUCUUAUUAAGAACCCGUUCGUAUCGUCAUCCCAUCCUUCAGGCAGUAUAGCGAUACUUGUCUUUAAUCUAUAGAUAACUACAUAUUUAGAUUCCAUGUUGAGUUU